CUGUCAGACCCAUUCGCAUCGCAUCGCAUCCUUCUCCUCUUCUUCUUCCCUCCCCAUUCACCACGAUCACUCGCAGGAUCUCUCCUUGAUCGGCUCCCUCUCAUUCCUUUGUGGGCUCUUCUCUCCCUCCCUCCUCUCUCUCACUCUCUAGCUCUUACUCUCGUCCUCCGCUCGUUCUCGCCCUUCAUCUUCUCCCACCAUGCAGUCGCACUUCCUCUUCUUCAUUCUUGCGCUUGUCGCCCUCACCACCAGCCACUCGGCACAUGCAAAGGCCCCUCACGCCCGCAACGUAGCAAGACCUAGGGCGCGUGCUGCUGCCGACCUUGACGCAGCACAAUCCUCGGAAGCCUCCCUCGCUCUCUCCAUCUACAACAACGUCGGCACCACUGCCUUUGCAGCAGCCACUGCCGGCGCAUGCGCCGUUGGCUACCAGACCUACACUGCCGCAUCAGGUACCGUCCGGUGCUGUGUAGGAUCCGUCGUGGAUGGCAUUUGCUUCUCAGACACAGAGGACAUCGUAUACGAUGCUGACCCAGAAGCAGUGCUGGAUGGAUCUGUAGAUCCCCCAACGGUGGACUCGACUGCGACUGCUGCUGCUGGAACCGUCGUGGUUGGUACUGCCACUAGCACCUCGACGACUUCUACCAUCAACUACCUCACUGCAACCAGCUACAAGGCAACUGCUACCGGUGGAACCUCUGCGGCGGCUGCAGCAGACGCAGAUGAAGCUACUACCUCGACGAGCUAUAGCCAGCUGAGCCAGUCCCUCACACCAACGGGCAGUGGGACUGCAUCAACCAGCAAAUCGGGAGCUGGAGGACUGGCAGUCGAUGUGGGAAUGAUUGGGCUGCUGGGAUCGCUCGUGGCCAUUCUGGCUGGAGGAGGCGUGGCGAUGCUGUAGAUCAGUCAGGGACUACUUUUACCCCCUUUUCGCAAAGGACAAAGCUGCGUAGCGCUACUCCAGGGGAGUCGCUGUGCUUCAUCGCCUACCCGUCGAUCGCCGAUGCCUUUACUUUUAUCCAUAGAUAUCUCACUCUUGGACACUUCAUACCGCUGUACCGAGCCUGGUCUUGAUCUAGCCGGUCCUCUCCCUCUCCUUCCCCUCCUCUUCUCUGUACUGCCCCUCCUUCAUCCUUCGACCUGUGUAUGUCACCCAUUUCCCCCGUCUGCUUUGAUCGUGGCAAUCUGUCCAUACAUACGUUUGCGCUAUCAGGCUCUCUGCUGGUACUUUGAGCAAUGGAAUAGGCAUCACUUGAAUCCCG